AUGGGUCCAUCCCAGCCUAAUCAUCAAUUACAGAUGUACCUACAUUCUACCCAUCUUGCUUCCAUAGUUCAGACACCUCCAAAUCUCAAGAUGCCGAUUAAGAGAUAUAUGGAGAUUGGGAGGGUAGCCCUUGUAAACUCUGGUGAUGACUACGAGAAGCUCGUUGUCAUCGUAGAUGUCAUCAACCAGAAUCCAGCUCUAGUCGAGGCCCUUGAGAUGGUUAGGAGCCAAAUGAACUUAAAGAGGCAGUCAUUGAUAUCAAGAUUGAAAUUAGCGGUCCCCUUGCUAGAGAUCGGUGAAAGACAAAGGAAGUUGUCGAAAAAAGAUCAAAACAGUUGUCAUGAUGAAAAUCGGCAUCGGAAAGAUAAGGCAUGGAGGAAGAAUACGUUGGAGGCUGACCAGAGAGGGAAGGUGGAAAUGUGA